AUGGAUGCAACGGAAGAAGAGUUGCUAGACAAUUGUGGAAGGAAACAAUUUGCGCAGGGUGAGAGGAGGAUAGGGGAGAUGGAUAUGCAGGAUAGAGGGAUGGGGAGUGGGAGUGGGAGUGUGGGGAGGGGGAUUGGUGGAUUGAAUUUGGAUGGGUUGGGUGAGAAGGAGAGAGGGAGGUGUGAUGGUAGAAGGAGAAGGUGGUGGGAUGGGGGUUUGCGGGAUAUAUUGGGGAACGGAAGUGGAAGUGGACAGUUUGGGGGAAGAGAAUCGGGACUUGAAGAGAAUGAAGUGGUUUUAGAGGGGCCGUUGUUGGCGUUGAGAGAAGUGAUAGGGAGUCAAGAAAACAUCUUCACACAAUUGAAGCUGACACGGUUUGAUAGAGCUCUACUCGAAGGACGAUUCUCAGACUUGACAAUCUUCCAUGGUGUGCGAGUAUGGAAUGCGCAUCAAGUAGUUGUAUGUUCCCAAUCACCGGUUUUGGAGAGUAUGAUUGAUAAUACCGGAGUUUGCAACAUGGUAAGUUCUCUCUAUCAUACCCCCUUAAACACCAAACCACUAACCUCCCUCCUAGUUCGGCUCCCCCACAAACCCAGCAUCCUCAACCUCUCCUCCUUCCCCCUCGACUCCAUCAUCGCACUCCUAGAAUACCUCUACACGUCCGCAUACUCGAUCCCCUCUCCUCCACCCAACACCUCCCCCUCAUCUUCAACCUACCUCUCCGGCCCCACCUACUCUCUCCCCCUCCACGAACAAAUCUUCUACCUCGCCUCACACCUGCAAAUUCCCGCGUUGGAAACCCUCGCCGCGGUAUACUUUCGUCACACACUGCAUACGCAAAUCUCAGACCUAGAUAUCUAUUUCGAUUGCAUCAAGCGGAUCUAUGGGAAAACGACGAGGAAGAACCCAGGAUUGAGAAACGCGUUGGUGGAAGCGGCGGUGCAGGAGUUAGAGGGAAUGUUUGGAAAUGAAGAGUGA